AUGGAUCAUAGAAUAUGUAAAAAUAAAAUUUUGCCAUCAAAUAAUAUAAUAGAAACAUUAAUGAAAGUGUCACAGCUAAAUUCUUCAUCUUCCUCAUCAUCUAGCCGGUCAAAUUAUUCUUCAUGUCUAAAUAACCAAAACAUUAGUUAUCAAAAGUUACAUGAUCUAUCUCAUAAGUUGUCAACAGAAACUAAAUAUUCAAUUAAAAAUUUUAAAAAGUUAACAAAGAAUUAUAAUAUAAUAAAAGAUUUUGAAAAUGCUGUAAGAAGAAAAUUACAUGAGAAAUUAGUUAAAUUAGAAUGGAAUAAUUAUGUUCAAUGGAAAAUACUAUUGACUUUUAGUUUAGGACUAUGGAUACUUCUUUGUAUAACAGAUAAAAUUUUUUUACGAACAUCAGCACCAUCAUCAUCAAAGGAAGAAAAAAUUCCAAAAAUACCAAAUAAUAUUCCUGAAACAAUAAAUUUAAAUUUAUCUAAUGAAAAUAAAUUUUUAAAAUGGGUUUAUACAUUUUAUCCAUGUAUUUAUCGUACAACUACCGUUUCAAAUUCAACAGAAGCUUAUACGUUUGCUCUAUUUAUUGGAAUAUUUAUAUGCAUGGAAACAAGAUUAAAACAGAAAUUUAAAAAUACACGUGAUGCUUGGACACAAUAUUGUGAUGAUUUUAUAAAAAUUCAAUCAUUAAAUCUUGAUGACUGUAAUACAAAUAAAUUAGCAAUUGAAUUAUUUAACGGGAAAUCACAAAACAAGAGAGAGGACUUGAGUAAUUUAUCUGAAAAUAUAUCAAAUAAUAUUAAAAUUUUACCAUUUAAAAAAUUCAAAAUUGAAUCGGAUUUGUAUUGGCAAUUACAAAUGCUGGUCAAUGAUAAUGAAAUCACAUACAACGUUGAAAAUACCGAUGAUAAUUAUUUAAAACAAUUGGAAAUAAUAAAUCAAGUUAAAAAAAUCGAUAAUGAAAGUAUCUACCAUUGGAAUAAAUUAAUUAAAAAUAAUAUAUGUGUUUGUCAUGAUAAAUCUUUAGUAUAUAAUUUUAAAUAUUCAUCGAAUUCUGUUAAUAUUGUUGAGACUUACGAUUUAGAGAUUGGUAAAUUUAUAAAUUAUUCAAAUGAUAAAACUGUAACAUUUGACAAAUCUACCGAUACCCAAUUAGAUAAAUCAAGUUCUAGAAUUGAAUUUAAAAAACCAAUAAUAGAAUUCAAUAAUAAUAAUACUAAAAAAAAUAACAGAUCGUUAAUAAAUAAAAUAAAAAAUAACCGUAUGAUUAGUUCAUCACCGGCAUUUCAAAAAUUUUUAUUAAAAUUAUAAUUUUAUUACUUAUUAAUUUUACUUCUUAUUAUACAUCAAUUUUUUUUUUAUUACGAAUUAUUUUGAUUACAAUCUUUACAUUUCGGUGUAUAAAAUUUUUCCAUCAUUAAUUUUAAAAAAAUUGUACUGCUAAUUAUAAAAAAUAGAUUAAUAUAAAAAUGCAGUACUGUUUUAGUUUAUUUUGUAAAAUUUUUUUUAGUUGACAAACAUUAAAAUUAUCAUAUUGAAUUUUCUUUUUUUA